AUGGCGCACAGCCACCCCAAAUCAACAACCACAAAUCCAGCCAUCCACAUCACAAUCCUCACCAUCGCAACCCUACUCAUCUUCUCUGUGCUUAUCCUCAUAAUCGGACCGUCGCGAAUCCUCUCCGACUCCACCACAUCUUGCACUUGCCCCCCAAUCCACAUCGACAUCUCAAAUCCCCAAUCCAGCAGCUCGCCCUCUAGCCCCAGUCACCAUGAUGGCACCCACCAACGCAUAUACAACAACUCUGCCACUCUCGAAGCCAUAAACAAAUCCCCCGCCAACCCUUUAACAUGGGAAGAGGUCCUCACGCCGCCCCUCAUCACGCACGGCAUCCGCAUCCAACAGGAGAGCCUGAACCAUCUAGACGACCACCCCGAUAUCGAAGCCGAGCCAGCAGAGGGCGGCGGCCACGGCCACGCGCAUGGCCACAGCAACAGCGGUGGUGUAAGUGGGUUCGUCAUUAGCAUGGAACACCAGCUACACUGCCUAACCGCGAUUCGGGGCCUGAUUUUCCCCAAUAAUACGAAUAUUGCUCUGAAUAGUUCCAAUACACCCUGGCAGGAGAAAACAAUGGACUUGAAUUAUGGGCAUUGGAGCCAUUGUUUUGAUUAUCUUGCUCAGGCUAUUCUCUGCGCCGCAGACGAUACGCUCGAACGACCCAAGAAAGUCGUGUACGAUGGGAAAGCAUAUUGGCGUAAUGACGGCGUUGGUGCGAUCCAUCAGUGUAGAGAUUCGCGGCUGCUUUGGGAGAUAUCCGUUCAAAGCCAGAACGAGCCGAUGAAUAUGACGGGAUGGAAGGAAGGCAUUGGGGCGAGGGAGUUCUUUGUGAAUGAGUUGGAAGAAACUGGGUAUAAGUAUGAGAUUCCUGAAUCUUGGCGUUUGGGGGUUUUGUAG